AUGGCUUCAAUCCGGUCAAUGGCUCAGCCUGCCCGACUCAUGGUGCGAAGGGGCCUCAUUGCCCCUUCAAUUUCCCCCAUCCGACACUUUUCGGUUUCGCCAUUCAGGCGCGCCCAGGAAGACCCUGUGCCACCUCCUCCGCCGAAAGACCUCACACUGGACGAGUUGCCACCAGUGCCGGAAUAUUCGCCCAGUACGAUGCCCAAAGAGCUUCAAUCCAUGUACGACUUGAUGUCGCCCGAGGAGCGUACGGAAUUCGAUGCGGAGAACGCUCGCAUGGCCGCCGAGUUCAAUGACCCUGCGAAGCGAUCGGCAGCUUUUGCGCUGAUUGAGAAGGAAUUGCAGCAACUCGAAAAGCGCGACGACAUGCGCUUCGAGGAUAUUCACCCCCGAAGGGCUGGGUUCUGGGCUGAGGAUGAUCCCGAUGAAUUCGCCCAGGUCGAAGAUGGUGACGAGGAAGUCAACGAUGAUGAAAUUACAUCGAUGGCAUACACAGAGCUAGAGUUGCACCGCGAGAUGCGAGAGUAUGCACGCAUUACGGCAUGGGAUAUGCCCAUGUUGAGCAAGCUCGCCAAGCCCUUCUCCCUGCCUCCUUCCAACCACAUCCUCCGAUUCCGCUACACCACCUACAUGGGCGAACAGCACCCAGCCGAGCCUAAGGUUGUCAUGGAACUCGCCUCCCAAGAUUUGACUCCCAAGUACCUCACCGAAGCUCAGCGCCAAACAUUCCUCAAGCUGGCCGGCACGCGGUACAACCCGCAGACUGACAUCGUCCGCAUGUCCAGUGAGAAGUACGUUUCGCGCGCCCAGAACAAGCGCUACCUAGCCGAUCUGGUCAACUCCCUGAUCAAGGAGGCCAAGGAAGGUGACGCCUUCACUGAUAUUCCCCUCGACCUCCGUCACCACAAGCCCAAGGUCCGUCUCCAGUUCCCGGAGUCAUGGAAAAUGAAUGAUGCCCGUCGGGAGCAACUCGCCGCUCGCCGCAGGGAUCGUCUUGCUGCCGAGAAGACCCGUGAGGCCCUCGUUGAUGGUAACAGCAUCGUCUCCGAUGCUAUCAAGGUCUUGCCUUCGCUUAACCCCGCACUCACCGCUAAGGCCACGGAAGAUCGGGAACGCGUCGCCGUCAAGGUUGGUGCCGGUGCCCGCAAGAAGGUGGUGGGUCGUCGAUAG